AUGGGGCACACAGCCAUCUGGCACUCGCAUCCGAAGAACUACGGCCCUGGAUCGCGGGUCUGGUAAGCGUCUUCUUUGGAGCGGUCCAAUAUUUCCUUUAGUCAGAUCGUCUUCAUCCUUGUACAUGCAAAUUUCUACCCCGUUACGUAUGGUCAUUAUCGUGGUAAAGGCGUGUUUUUCUAGUUUUGAUUACGACGGUCUUGUUCGGCGUUUUCAGAUGCAAACUGCUUGGUAGCUCUGUUUUCCGUAGUUUUAAUAUCCAGAUGUCUUUGUGCCUUCUUUCAGAGGCCACAGUGCAUUGGUUUAAUCUUUGCAAAGUUUAUCUCUCUCUCUCUCUCUCUCUCUAUUACUACGAGCUUAGCAAGUUGAUAUGGAAAACUUCACCGAUGUCGGCUUUUGCGUCUAAUUUUCGAUCAUAUGCCGCUUCUAAAAUGCGUUAAGUGCCUUUCCUUUGAAUCUUUUAAGCGUCAUUGUAUCUCAUAUUCUUAUUUUGGCUGCAAUAGUUGGAUUUUGGAAAAUAAAUUUUCGUCUAUAUGUUUGACUAAGGUAGAAGAUUGACACCAGUUGAGACGAAAUGAAACUUGCACAUAGUUCUUCUCAGAAUCUUAUCGUGGUUUGUGAGAUUUUAUGUGUGCGUAAAUCAAUUGAUCCUCACUGCUUGAGUAUCCUCCUGUUGAUAGCACAUGGAGCUGCACUCCAAUGAGGUGGAUUACAUUCAAAGUCGCUAAUAUGUACUCAUCCUGUUGUAAAUUAUAAGUACGAUGGGCUUUACGUACUUUAGAUCAUUAUUUUGGUUCUUGACAUAGCGCCAGUUACGAUCUUCACGCAUAGCAGCCCGUCUUGAAAGGCACAUAUUUAAGAAAAUGCCUGCCCUUAAAAUAUAAUUGACAAAUAAUGUUCCUGAUUUAUGUACAUUUAAGCAUUCUGAUUUUAACUGGUGCAGCCGCGUUUGUGGAAACUCCCAUGGCCUCAUCAGGAAGUAUGGUCUCAUGUGCUGCAGACAGUGCUUCCGCAGCAAUGCCAAGGAGAUUGGGUUCAUCAAGGUACCCACCCGUUCAUUCAUGGUUUUUCUUGUAUAUAUCUAAUCAAUAUUGCCCUCCAUAUUUCAUACCUAAAUUUCCCCUGAUCAUCCGAAUUAUAUUCUUCCCGUUUUAUAUAUUUAUUUGAACUCGUAUGUUUUCGCUCUAGUUAUUAUUUUCUUCAUCAAUCAACUCGAUUGAAUUCUUUACAAAUACCUACAAAUACUCGAUUGAAUUCUUCAUCAAUCAGAGUAGUCGCUCUAGUGCGACUACUUUACAAAUACCUGUUUUCUUGAAUUCUUAUCAUCACCACCUUAGUUUUAGUGCCGCUGUUCCAAAAUUUUCGACACUAAUUUUUUAAACUUUAAUUCUCUUCGCCUUGCAAGUGCUUUUUUUCAUUAAUUUGUUCUCGUUUACAAAUUUUCUCAUCACCAUCGCCUUGCUUUCAGCACUCCUGUUCUUACGGGUUCCUUUGAUUUAGAUCUCACCCUAGUUUUAGUUCUGUUUGACAAAGAUUAACUCGGAUUGCCAUACAUUGAUCUUCAUCACUUACAAACUUUCCCAUCAUUUAAUUUUUGCAUAAAUUUCUUCUAAUUUACAAAUUUUCUCACCAUCAUUGCCUUGCUUUCAGCACUCCUGUUCUUGCGGGUUCCUCCUCCGAUUUAGAUCUCACCCAAGUCUUAGUUCUUCUGUUUGUCAAAGAUUAACUUGGAUUGCCACACAUUGAUCUUCAUCAUCAUCUCCACAGCAGUAACCUCUCUGAGAACUAGGGUUCUCAGCAGAACUGGGCCUCAGGGUCCUCUUUCAUAUGUUCAUGUAUUUAAUUUUAUAUGAAUUUAUUGAAAUAUUGCCUGAUUAUGCUUCUCCCCGCCCGUUCUGCAGUACCGCUGA